CACACGGAGGCAAAAUACUUGACAACGCCUUCGGCGUACCUCAAAAUUCUGUACCGAAAACUUGCCGUAUUCUUGUUGUAUAUGCAAUGAUGACACACCCUGGUAACGGUCUCGUCUGUCAGAGAAUUAUUUAUGCGGUGAUCGUCGAUCACAUAGGUUGACAUUCGGCCUAUAAUCAAUAUGCGUAUUUGCUUCAAAAAAUUUGCCGUGAGAAGCUUGACCUAUCGCUCCUAUGGCCAAUACAUUAUAAAGGACCGGGCGUUGCCCAGAUACGGGUUUACCCUUCGUUCUCUCACUUUUCCAACGACUUGCGGUCUCAGAAUCAUAGCUUCAAUGACGGAGGAAGAACAUCAACAGGCUGUCUUCUUUCUUGGUCCCUGGCUCGUGGGUCUUUGCCUCGAUUUAUUCCUUCAGGGAAUUUUAUCAUCUCAGUUCUCCAACUAUUAUUCAUGGUAUGGGAAGACGGAUAGCAUCAAGCUUAAAGUUGCUGUUGGAGUGCUGGCCAUCGGCACAUUUCUCAAAUCUAUCCAAAGCUUUGCCAUUGUAUGGAUCCAGUUGAUCGAGAACUUCCUUGAUCUGCAGACCGCAGUCAAUCUGAGGUUCGUUACGUGGUACCAGAUAGGCAACCCUCUAAUGGUUGCAUUCAUUGGUUUCUACGUUCAAAUGUACUUUUGCUAUCGGCUUUGGGUGGUGUCUAAGCUGUGGUGGGUCCCCCUUCCGAUGAUCUUCCUAUUCCUGUUCGCUCUCAUUGCCGCUAUGGUGGUGACACACUAUGUCGCAAUAUUCGACGCCAAAUUGGCUAGCUGGUUGUCCGCCCACUACGCCACCGUCUUUGUUGCCGAUUUGUUAUUAUGUACAGCGACUGCCUACUUCCUUCUGAAGACGAAGAAGAACGUUCUGCCGCAAACGGUGGGGCUCAUCAAUGCACUUGUCCGUCUGACGUUCCAGACAGCGGCACCGGCUGUUCUUUGUGCCCUUCUCAACUUGAUAUUCGUGUAUCUUCAUAGCGACGAGACUAAGAGCAUCUCGAACGCUUUUAUCCAAGCUCUCCCCAAACUUUACGCCGUCAGCAUGAUGUGGACUCUGAAUUCAAGGAGGAGUAUCCGCGUUUCUCAUGGAAGCGGAAAGAGCGGGAGCACUAGUAACGAACCUUCUGGGCCAAGGACGGAUUAUUCUCGCACUCGAAGGACCAGAGGACCGGAUGAUAUCGCCAUGGGUAAUAUUCAGGUUGUUACUCACACUGAAACCGUCCGAGUUACCGAUAUGUUCGGCGAUGACAAUCAAGCGAUGAAUGGGAAGAUAGGAAACGUCAUUGAUGAUGAAGAGUCAUUGAAGUCGUCUGUUCGCAAGAAUUGAACGGCUUUUCCUCAAGAACAUUUGGACUCUUCAACGUUCGAUAUCUGUUCAGUUGUACGCUGCUACACUGUGACUUAAUAUAUCCGAUAUUUAUCUAGACAAGUACACCGG